UACACAGUGAUAGUACUUCUCCCUCCGCUGCUGUUCCUUGUGUUUCAGCCUGUUUGGCAACUUCAGUCUAUAAAUAUCAGGACGAGUGGAAAAGAGAAGUAGCAGCAGUGAGUCGUCUGUCUGACUCGUCCUGCGUCCGUCCGUCUGAUUCAUCCUCCCUCCGUACGUCUGAUUCGUCCAUCCGUCUGGAAACAACAUGCUGUCGCUGCUUCUUCACACCUUCACCUCCGUCUGCGUCGUCACAGUGGUCACCGCGGAGACAGUGGUGGGCGUGGCCGGGAGGACGGUGACGCUGCCGUGUCUCUCGGAGGCGGCGAGUCAGGGAGGCGUGGAGGUGUGCUGGGGGAGGGGAAAGCCGUCACUGUUCACCUGCCACAACGCCGUGAUCAACGCCGCCGGGGAGCAGGUCACCUACAGGAGGUCAUACAGGUACUCCAUGUCCUCGUCCUCCUCUCUGGACAUCUUUAACUCUCGAACGUCAGACUCUGGUUUCUAUCACUGCAGAGUCCAGCUGCCCGGCCUGUUCAACGACCAGACGUCCACCGUUCACCUCAUCAUCAUCACCCCUCGCUCUGUGGUCUCUGAAACCUCCGGGAGCCUGAACGCACCACGCACUACAGCGGGUUACACCAGAGGGCGCCUGACAGAGACAGGAAAUGAUGUCACAGGGGAGAGCGCCACAGGGCCAAUGGUGGCGCAGGUUCAGGCAUCCGUCCAGCAGCAGCAGCAGCUAAACAGUCUGCAGAGCUUCGUUGGAAACACAGUGAGAGUCUCCUUCAUCGUCUUCAUACCUGCACUGCUGCUGACCACCUGUUACAGAGUCUGGAUCAACAGGCAGAGGUCAGAGACUGACGGGAGCCUGAACCAAUCAGAGGGCGAGGAGGAGGAGCGCUCCGUGUAGAGACUGACAGCAGGCUGAACCAAUCAGAGCGCGUGGAGGACUGCGGCUGACGACGUCAUCGAUCCACAUCCUGAACAUUACACAGUGGAGGUUCUCAGCAGGUCGUAGUUAUUCAGAGAAGGUGCAGUGAUCGAAAACAGAAACAGGAUCCAACAACAACAAGCAAACAUGAAACAAAGUCUGCUUAUCUCAAACGUUGCCUCCACGUGCUCCUUGUUUUUAUUAUUGUUUAUUUAAAACGGUACCCAGGUUGAAGGUUUCUCAAAUACAGCUGAGUAAAUGUACUCAGUUUCUGUCCAACAGCUUCCGUGUGGCCUUUUGAAAGCAGCAGAGUAAAGCCGAAGGAGAAUUUAUUCCCCUGGACGUGUUUAUAAAAUAUAUUUUCCUGUUUUCCUCUUCAGCUUGAACAGUUUCAAAGAAAAUAACA